CUCCUGGACUAAGAGACAAACAUGGAGAUCACCAUGGAAGACGAGAACAACAACUCCUCUCCAAACUUUGAGUACAAAGGAGCCCACCAGGCGUUCAGGGACCGCUGGAAGGAGACGGACGACACCAUGUGUCGCCACAGCAUGUCCUUCCACCUGCACCACACGCUCAGGAGCGAGUUCUUCGCCAGCUACCUCUACCUGGUGGAGAAGAUCCCCCUGGUGAAGCUGUUCCCGGUCACCUGCGAGUACAUCAAAGGUGAGAAGCAGUUCUACUACAGGGCUCAGAAGUUCUACGAGGACGUCCCAGCCUCGGAGGAGGGCAUGAUGGGAGAUUUUGUGGAGAUAUGCAACGUGGACCUGGAAGGUUCCCGCCAGUUUCUGAAGAGGUUUGUGGGACCUGGAGGGGCGGGGACGCAGUGUGCUUUGGACUGCGGCUGUGGGAUCGGACGUGUGACCAAAGGCGUCCUCCUUCCUGUGUUUGAGAAAGUAGAGAUGGCGGACAUGAUGGAGCACUUCCUGCUCCACGCGCACGAGGAGUAUCUGGGUGCCGACGCCGACCGGAUCGAGACCUACUACUGCUUCAACCUGCAGGAGUUCACGCCGCCGAAGGACAAGUACGACGUGAUCUGGAUGCAGUGGGUGGCGUGUCAUCUCACCGACAAAGACCUGAUGAACUUCCUGUUCCGCUGUAAGAAGAGUCUGCAUCCGAACGGCGUCAUCAUCAUGAAGGACAACAUGGCCCGGCAGGGCUGCAAACUGGACCCCAUCGACAGCAGCAUCAGCCGCCACCUGGACAUCAUGAAGGCCAUCAUCGCCAAGGCCGGCCUGGAGGUCCUGGCCGUGGAGAAGCAGGAGGGCUUCCCGGAGAUCAUCAUGCCGGUCUGGAUGGUCGCCAUGAAGUAGAACCAUCAGACCAUUGUUGGAUGAACGCUCGUGUUCUGGUUCUGCGGGUCUGACUCACGUUUUAAUCCUGAAGCAGUGCGGACACCCAGCCGGGUUCUGCUCAGGAACUUUUUCCCCGCUCUGCAGCAGAACCUCAGCAGGAAGUAGAACCAACGGGUCGCAGAACUCUGACAGGUUCUGUGUCUCCAUGACGUUAAAGCUCAGAACCUCUGCGCUCCCGGUGGAACCGUUUCACAAACAGAACCCUAAAACUCACCAAACACGUGAUCUGGUUUCAGCUCCACUUUUAAAUUACUUGAAGAAAACGAACUUGCUCUGGAUGGAAACGAAGCAGAAUGAAACCCAAACUACGAUCCUCCUUCAAUAAAACCUAAAAGAUCUUUUUAUCCGUCAGAAACAAACCCCGACUUGUCACGUGGUUUUUAAUAAACAGUCACCAACAACAGCCUGAACACAAACACCCAACACUGAACAGAACCAACAGGGACGGCCCGUCUGAACA